GGAUUCAGCCAGGAGGAACAGCACAGCAUGCUGGGCUCUGGAUUUAAAGCUGAGCGUUUACGAGUCAAUUUGAGAUUAGUCAUAAACCGUCUUAAACUAUUGGAGAAAAAAAAAACGGAACUGGCCCAGAAAGCACGGAAAGAGAUUGCUGACUAUCUGGCUGCUGGGAAGGAUGAACGAGCUCGGAUCCGAGUGGAGCAUAUUAUCCGAGAAGACUACCUUGUGGAGGCCAUGGAAAUUCUGGAGCUGUAUUGUGAUCUGCUGCUGGCUCGGUUUGGUCUCAUCCAGUCUAUGAAGGAACUAGAUUCUGGUCUGGCUGAAUCCGUGUCUACACUGAUAUGGGCUGCUCCUCGGCUCCAGUCAGAAGUGGCUGAGUUGAAAAUAGUUGCUGAUCAGCUCUGUGCCAAGUAUAGCAAGGAAUACGGCAAGUUAUGUAGGACCAACCAGAUUGGAACUGUGAAUGACAGGCUAAUGCACAAACUCAGUGUGGAAGCCCCACCCAAAAUCCUGGUGGAGAGAUACCUGAUUGAAAUUGCUAAGAACUACAAUGUGCCCUAUGAGCCUGACUCUGUGGUUAUGGCAGAAGCUCCUCCUGGGGUAGAGACAGAUCUUAUUGAUGUUGGAUUCACAGAUGAUGUGAAGAAAGGGGGUCCUGGAAGAGGAGGAGGGGGUGGUUUCGCAACACCAGGUGGUGGACCUGAUGGAACAGUGCCUAUGCCCAUGCCCCUGCCCAUGCCCUCUCCCAGUACUCCUUUCUCCUACCCACUUCCAAAGGGACCAUCGGAUUUCAAUGGAUUGCCAAUGGGGACUUAUCAGGCUUUUCCCAAUAUUCAUCCACCUCAGAUACCAGCAACUCCCCCAUCGUAUGAAUCUAUUGUUGGUCCUGGGCCGAAGCCGGAAGCCUCUGCAAAGCCCCCUUCCCGACCUGUGGAUACCUACGAAAACUUUGUACUACCGGAGUUGCCGUCUGUGCCAGACACACUACCAACUGCAUCUGCUGGUGCCAACACCUCAGCAUCUGAGGACAUUGACUUUGAUGAUCUUUCCCGGAGAUUUGAAGAGUUGAAAAAGAAAACCUAGUUCUCUUAAACCAGGCAACCUCCAGGCUCUGAGAUUUGAGACUGAGCUUUUUCUCCUUGUAACAAAGAAUCUCCAUGAAACUCGUUUUCAUCUCUUAACCAUCACUGAGCACACUCUUCCUUUGGGUUCUCUUCCUGCUCUAAGUUCUGCUGCUUUCCAGUUCUCUGUUGCUCCUAAGAGACUAAUUAUUAGAGACUAUGAGGCCAGAGCAGCUGACCCUGGGCAGCUGAGCUUGUCCAUCUCCUUUGAGUGUGAACCCAGGUUCUCCCAUCACCUGUUUUUCUGUCCCUCCACGGGGGAGUGGGAAGGUGAAAGCAUUAUGAGGAGAGCUGCCAAAGAUGGCUGGACACGGAGAAUACUUCUUGAAGUCUUUCAGCCCUGUGCUGAAGUUCUAGACUUAGGAAAAAACCCCUCUGUCCAGAGGGAUUUGUAGUGAGCAAGAAUCAAAGCAAAGGUGUGCUAUGAAUGGGAGAGACUGACUCUGGAAGCCCCUUUAACAGUUCUUGGAAGCUCGGUGCUCUCAUUGGCUUAUACACUACUUCUUGCUGCAGGGCACUAUUCUACCUGGAUCCAGUUGCAAAGUUUAUUGGGAAAGUUGAAGGCUUCUCUUGGAUCUACUGGAUUCUCAGGGAGCCCUCCGUGGCCUUUUGCUUUGAGUACUGUGUUCCCCUUUUACCAGAGGGCAGCACUGCCCAAAUUCCUGUUUUCCCCCAUGGCAUGUUCUGUUGGAUUGCAUUUACUGGCGAAUGAAGGACAGGUCACAUACUGGGCAGAAGUCACCAUUCAAGGCUAGGGUGGGCUUCCAGUUGCCUUAAUAGAAGUACUCAAGUCUCUUGGGUAGUGAGCUGGAAUGCCUACAGGGGAAGUGGAGUUCCUGUUUUCAUUUGAAAACUUUGAUUAAGAGAACCUUUAAAAACUGAUUUCAUAUAAGUUUUUGGUGCCCAUAAAAAAUGUGGCUGCAGUUGUUGAUUACUUUCCUAGGUGGAUGAGACUCUUACUAUUGUAACUUAACGGUGUUCCUUUACCCCCUAGCUGAGGCCAUCCUUCCCCAGAGGGAUGGCUUUGGGAUCAGAAGAUAGGACUCUGGCUUCUGUAGUGUAAAUGUACACACCUGUUUCAAGCAACUUUAAUGUUUUUGAUUGGUUUGUAUCUCAUAGCUCAGUAGCUGAUAAUAAAGUUAAGAAUUCUGAAAAAAAAA